CAGGCAAAGGCGCCGGGGAGCAGUGUGAUAGUGGUGGGGACCCAUAUGGACCUGGUGCCUCGCACGGAGAGGGAGGAGAAGGCCAGAGUGUGGCAGGAGAUGGUGAACUGGUACAACAGCAACCGGGCACACAGCCACCUCUACCCACACGUCAUGGGCACCUGCUUCGUUGGUAUCCCUCACAAGGGCAAAGUGACCGGCGUCCAUGGACCAGACAGUCUUGCAGACUUCAUCUACGACGUGGCCAUGAAAAUGGAGGUUCCAAACGGUCCCCAUGUGGGAGGGUCCUCAGUGAAGACGAUGCAGGAGAUGAUCCCCGUGGCCUACAAGACACUGCGCCAGGAGAUAGAGAGGCUACAAGAGGACGUCUGGUCCAAACAAGUUCCACCAGUCAUGAAUAGAGACGCGUUCUGGAGCCGGAUGAGUGAGACAGUGGGUCUUGAUAAGACUGCCAUGGAGGCUGCUGUGGACUUCCUUCAUGCCUCCACUGGUAUGAUCUUGCACUUUCAACUUCCUCAUCUGAUUGACCAUUACAUCAUCGACCCACAGUACUGGUUUGACCUCUGUGCCCUAGUAAUUUCUCCGUCAAAUGUCAGUCAACUCAUACAGAGAGAGGGCAUCAUAUCCAGAAGCAGUGCUCAGCUGGAGGCAAGACUGAUGGACCAAGCACUGGAGAGACAGGAGCUCGGCUGCAGCAAGACCACUGGGAACCUCCUCAGACAGUUCCUCAUGGAGCACGGAGUCAUCCACCAGAUUGACUCUGAGAACUAUCUCGUCCCUUCAGCCAUCAACCCUGACCCAAGCCUCCCUCUUCACCUCGUACUAGGCCAUUUUCCCCACAAGAGCAGAGAGGUCACUGACGAACCCGCCGAACCCCUCACACCUUCUCCGUACCACGCACAAACACCAAUGACACUGUCUCUGGUAGGAACUGGGCUAGUGUACCGCCGGAUGCUACAUCUCCCGCCCAUCGCUUCCGGUUUCUGGAGCAAGCUCAUCUCGCUGUGCAUCCAGCACGACGAGAUCCUGAGGCUACUCUCGGCAAGCAGCUGUGGCUAUGAGAUGCACGUCACCACGAACAGACUGCGUGGGAUGCUGGGUAAUGUGGGCAUCGAGUGGCAGUACUGGAAGACUGGGAUCAUGCUCAUCGCCGAUGAAAAGCUCCUCCUGCGAGUCAACAGCCUCCGACGAGACGUGUUUGUCGAUCCGAGGCAUCAAUUUGUUGUCUCGAGCGCCCUCGCAAAAGUCCAGAACUUCCAGUUGAGAGAGGGGAGGGAGUGGACCAGCAUACCAGAGCAUUUAAACGAGGUGAUAGAGAUCAUUAUCCCGCAGAUGGUCCUGGAAGAUAGUGGAAGCAAGUUGCUAUCCAAACAGUUUGCACCGUCUCGAGAGUCGGUGGCGGCAAAGCUCCUGGCCAAGGUUCUGGAGCUGAUCGACGAAAUCCUCAAGAACCACUGCGAGCACCUGGCCAUGAAUGGCAUCUACACUGUCGGUGACAUGCUCCACCUCGUCCCCUGCCCUCUCUGCUACGGAGACUCGGACAACAGGACAAUCGAGGAGGCAGACGGGACUCACGGGGAGAGUGCUGACACUCCCAAGGGGUCGCGGCGCUGCUGUCACCACAUUUCGGAGGGAGAUCCGAAACCGUCCGGACAGAGCUCUGUCAAAGAGCCUGCAUGUCCCGGCCAGUGUCGAUGAGCGCCCCGAGGCUCUGUAUGCGUUCCGUGUGAACGAGUGCAUCCAGCAGACCAUGGUGUCUGACUGUAUGAGCUGCCCUAGACACGGCAGGCUGGAGAUUGCUCACCUAGCUCCCGACAUUGCAUUUGUUGACUUGGCCUUCAUGAAACUGGAUCACACGCGGUUCAAUGAACCCAUUGACCCCAACGAAUCUUCAAAUCUUCGUGGAUCAUUUGCUAAAGUUGUGAAAAGACACUUUGAUACUCGUAGUCAAGAGGGCUGUAUUGAAGUAGCCAUCAAGAUAUUUGUGCAGCAAGACUCAGUCCAGUCGAGCAGUGCCUUUGAGCUGGCAAAGAACUAUGCAGACAUGCGCUACGAACUGAACAAGCUGAGCACCAUGAGCCACGGGUUUGUGGUGAGGUUUGUGGGUGUCCUCACCAACCCUCUCUGUUUCGUGCUGGAGUGGGCACCUGGCAAGAGCCUGGAACACGUCAGGAUGAGCUAUGUCAUGGAGAGGAGCAGCAUCUGCCCCACCACACUCUUCCUUGUCCUACUCCAGGUGACUGAUGCCCUCUCCUACCUCCACGAGGCGGUGAAGAUAGUCCACAACGAUUUGCGCUGCUCCAACAUUCUAGUCUUUCAGUUCCCGCCAGCCAAUCACCACUGUUUAACGGAAAGGGCCACCUCUAGCUGUGGAGUAGCUCUUGGAACAGGAGGUGUCCUGGUGAAAGUAGCGGACAUGGGCAUCUGUGCCAAUCCGGUCACACAGAAGACGAAAAACAAACAGGGCAUCCGCCAGUUUGUCCCAGAGUGCCUCAACUAUAAUGCCACUCUCACUAACAAGGUGAUGGUUGAUAUUUUCUACCUGGGGACAUGUCUGUAUGAGCUGAUGUCUCUGCGUCCACUGCCACCUGCUGACAUCUCAGAGGCUGAGUACAGGAACAUGCUCAAGAUGGGCAAGAGGGCGAGCUUCUCCACCAAGGACACGCCCUAUCCGUCUUUCCUCUACCAAGUCCUGGAGGAGUGCUGGCAGCAGGAGCAGUACCGCAGACCCUCUGCUGAGCUCCUCCACUCCGCCCUAACCGAGCUGACGGGACUGGCCGUGCGACCUGGCUCCAGCCCAGCCCAGUCCCCCCACUCCCUCCUCCUCGACUCCUUCGUCCUCUACCACAGCUGUCGGCUCUCUGCUGUUCACGGCCUUCAAGUGGACGGUGAGGGAGGGUCCCAACAAGUUGUCAUGUGUGGUGCACUGUCGUCGCUGGCCAACAACUCUACCAGUAUCGUGUCUAUGACACUGGGACAUCACCAAGAAUCAGUAGAAUACACUGUGGAGACAAAGUCUCUAUGGAGUGUGGGUCCCAGCUCAGUGUGUGUGGUCCACGCCACAACCGGAGGACUAGUUCUGGCAGCUCUGGCUGACGGAAAAGUCAUGGUCUUCAACACAGCCAACAGGACGCGCUUCUUUUUCCAGCCCGCACAGACCUGCUCCGAACAGCACGGGAAACACUCUGAGAUUGUGGCCAUGUCUUCACUCCCCUCUCCUCCAUUUCUUUUGAUGGGGUUUGCCUGCGGUAGAGUCCACGUGUACAGCUGGAGUGAGGGUGUCAAUGAGGUUUUGAGGUCCCCUGGGGAUCACCACUGCACAUCUAUCCCUCGCAUUCGCACCAUCUCCCCCCUACACUCCCUACUCUCACUCCACACCGCCAGUGGUGAUGGUGGUAAAAGUGUGCUGAGUGUGUGGUGUGGAACCUCGGCCAGUUCACUCGUGGUACUGGACUAUCCUCUGACACCUAACACAGUCUGGGGCCUACAGCGCGAUGUGGAGAGAGUCACUAGCGUUGUCCCUCUCACUAACGGAGCCACGUCGCACGAGUUCACUGCCAAGGAGCUCAAGUUGAGUGGAGACGGGACCUGUGUGUUGGCUCUGCUGCACCAGCCUGGCUCUCAGAGCAGCAGUCUUGCUCUCGUUGACUGCUCACAGAAGACUCUGCUCCGUCUUGUCACUUGUGAUAUGUCCGUAUCCUCUCUGAGUGUGACUCCAUCACGGCUAGUACUGGGGACCUAUCAGGGUCACAUUCACCUGUUUGACUGGGACCAGUUCUAUUCCACUAGAGCCGCCACUCUGCGUGCUGAAGAUUCAGAGUCCUUGCUGUCCCACGACAAGGCUGUCUACUCUGUUGUCUGUGUGGCUGGUGGUGCCAUCACGCCAAACGGACUCACUACAUUUACACCUACGUUUGUUGGCAAAAGUCAGACUACGUUUUUAAAGGAGUUUCUUAUUAGUGUUGGCAAUGGGAAACACCCUGUAAUAACGGCUAAUAAGACUACAACUGGUCUAUUUAGAUCCUUCACUUUAACUGGGUCUGUGUGUUUGAAUGUUUGGAUGGUAUAAUUUUUUGUAAUAAUUGUUGGUAAGAUAAAUAUUCUAGUUGCAGUGGCAAGCGUGU